AUGGCGGCACUAAGCUUUUGCAGCUGCUCUUCUCCUCGAAUUCUUCAUCAACAGUCUAAAUCGACCCUUUUCCCUUCGGAUUUUACCCCUUCAAUCGGAGAAUUAUAUGCGAAACCCAUCUCUGUUUCGAGACGAUUUCGUGGCACCAUUAACGCCACCGUAACAGUUUCCGAUUCAUCGGGAAACGUAAAGUCAUCAUCUUCUCCGGCGAAGAAGCUAAGGGAAGUUAUAAAAUCUCCUGGUGUUCUUCAGGGUCCAUGUUGCUUCGAUGCUCUUAGUGCCAAACUUGUCGAACGAGCUGGGUUUCGUUACUGUAUCACCUCUGGUUUCUCAAUUUCAGCAGCUCGGGUUGGUUUACCGGAUAAAGGACUCAUUUCUUAUGGAGAAAUGGUUGAUCAAGGUCAACAAAUUACUCAAUCUGUAUCGAUUCCGGUGAUCGGAGAUGGUGAUAAUGGUUUCGGUAAUGCGAUUAAUGUUAAGAGAACCGUCAAGGGAUAUAUCAAAGCUGGAUUUGCAGGAAUUAUCAUCAAUGAUCAGGUUUGUAGUGGCGAUAUUACGCGUGAGAGAAGAGUGGUUUCUAGAGAGGAAGCAGUGAUGCGUAUUAAAGCUGCGGUUGAUGCACGUAGAGAGAGUGGUUCUGACAUUGUCAUUGUAGCGCAAACUGAUUCCAGAGAAGCGAUAUCUCUGGAGGAAUCGCUGAGUAGAGCGAGAGCUUUUACAGAUGCUGGAGCAGAUGUUCUCUCCAUUGAUUCUCUUGUUUCGAGGGAAGAGAUGAAAUCGUUCUGCAAUGUGUAUCCACUGGUUCCUAAAUUGGCUAAUAUGCUUGAAAGUGGAGGGAAAAUUCCAAUACCAAACCCACUUGAGCUAGAAGAGAUUGGGUAUAAGCUAGUUGCAUAUCCAAUUUCCUUGAUUGGGGUAUCAAUUCAAGCAAUGCAGGAUGCUCUAUUAGCGAUUAAGGGUGGUCGAAUACCUCCACCAGGAAGCAUGCCUUCUUUAGAAGAAAUCGAAAAGAUUCUUGGUUCUGACACAUACCGUGAGGAAGAAAAGCGGUACGCUACCUCCGCAUCAGAUAGAGCACCGGGCAGUAGCAGACUCUAUAGUAAUCAACGAGUGGCUCAAGAAGAUGAAUCUGAACAGAGAGAGGACCCGAUUGUUGAAGUCAUAACACCUGAGGUGGUUUAUAAUGAAUCAAGAAAUCCCUUUUCAAGAAUCUGGUCACGAUCUUUGAGGAUCAAAAUCAUUGGACGCGAUGGGUUUGAGAAGCUCGAUGUCAGAAUUCCGGCCGGAUUCUUGGAAGGUGUCACCAACAUUGUUCCAGCUUUAGGAGGCGUGAACCUGAAGCAAUUGAUGGACGAUGCAGCUGAUGAAGUGGGAGGAAAACUUCUAUUAGAUUUUAAGGACACUGGCGGUGACAGAAUCCAAGUCUUUUUAGAAUGA